AUGGAGCAGAGGAAAGGCAGGAGGUUGAUACUCUUCCCGUUUCCCUUGCAAGGCCAUAUAAACCCUAUGCUUGAGCUAGCCAACAUUCUUCACUCGAAAGGCUUCUCCAUAAUCAUCAUCCAUACCAAUUUCAACUCUUUCAACAUGUCAACUCAUCCGCACUUCACCUUCCACUCAAUCUCAGAUGACUUAUCUGAAAGCCAGGCGGCUGAAAAGGAUCUCCUCCUCCUUCUUUCUCAUCUCAACGCAAAGUGCGGUGAACCUUUCCGGGAAUGCUUGGCCGCUUUGUUGUCUAGUGUAACAGAAGAGCCUGUUGCUUGCUUGAUCUGUGACCCCCUCUUUGACUUCACUCAGUCUGUUGCUGAGAGCCUCAAACUCCCAAGGAUCCUGCUAAGGACUGGUGGCGCUUCUUCCACUGCUGUCUAUUCGGCAUUUCCACUCCUGAAAGAAAAGGGUUACAUUCCAAUACAAGAAUCUCGGCUGGAAGAGACGGUGACAGAGCUUUCACCUGUCAAAGUUAAGGAUCUUCCACCAGAGAGAUUUUUUAAAGCAGCACAAGCCUUUACAUAUGACACCAAGUUCUCAAAUGGCUAUGUCUUCAACACUUUUGAAGACCUUGAACAGCAUGCACUGGCCACAAUCCGCAAGGAAUUUCACAUUCCGGUUUUCCCAAUAGGCCCUUUUCAUAAGAAUUUCCCAGCAGCCUCUUCUUCAAGUCCAAGCUUAUUGUCACAAGACCGGAGCUGCAUUUCAUGGCUAGACACUCGACUACCAAACUCUGUCAUCUAUGUUAGCUUUGGGAGCCUUGCUGCAGUAAAUGAAGCUCAGUUUCUAGAGAUAGCUUGGGCACUAGCCAACAGCAAGCAACCCUUUUUGUGGGUGGUUCGACCCGGGUUAGUUCAAGGCUCGGAAUGGCUAGAACCACUGCCUAGUGGUUUUAUUGAGAGCUUGAAUGGAAUUGGACACAUUGUGAAAUGGGCACCCCAAAAAGAGGUGCUUGCCCAUCAAGCUGUUGGAGUAUUUUGGACUCACAAUGGUUGGAAUUCGACAUUGGAGAGCAUCUGCGAGGGAGUACCUAUGAUUUGUAUUCCAUUUUUUGCUGAUCAAAUGGUGAAUGCAAGAUAUGUGAGCGAUGUUUGGAAAGUAGGAGUGCGGCUAGAGCUUGGUAUCAAGAGAGAAGAAAUCGAAGCAGCAAUUAGAAGACUAAUGAUGGAGAAAGAAGGGGAAGAGAUACGAGAUAGAGUGUCAAAGCUAAAGGUUAUGGCAAAUAUUUGCCUAAAACAAGGUGGCUCUUCAUACCAAGCGUUGGAUGGCUUGGUUGAUCAUAUCUUAUCACUAGAAUCCUUAUUUACAAAACUUAAAAGUCAGUGAUAGAUUAAAAUUAUAGACGUAAGGUAUCAUAUUUGUGUAACUUUAUUCAAUAAUCCUACGAAAUAAAAUGUCUCUGCUUUGUGUAACUUUAUUCAAUAAUCCUACGAAAUAAAAUGUCUCUGUUUUGUGUACCUUUAUUC